AUGAAUGUGAGACCCAUCAUUGCAUUGGCACAGUUGGUGGACCCCCAUAAUUUUCUCCCAGGUUCAGUGUGGGCCAAAGAGCCAAAGAGGGAGGAAGUCUGGAAAGGGUUGCAGGUUAAAAUCAUAAAAUUCAACAUGGCUGCCAAAGUGAUACAGUUACUGCGUGACAACUUGAAACUGAUUGAGGAUUCAAUUGGCCUGAAAUUUGGACAAGAGCCAUACGAAAGUUCUGCUUGGAAAUUCUUCAUCAACAUGUUUCACAUAGGACAGAAGAUGGACCAACAUGCUCUCAUGGAGAAUACUGAAGUAUUUUGUGACAAAGAAUGGUAUGGUGAUGCCAAAACAGAGUGCAUCAUCAGAUCAGGGAUUCAGUAUUUCAAGGAUGUGUAUGGAGGUGUUGAUAUUGAUGGCUUUGGCGAUAAACUGGACAAAUAUCCUGUAGGAGAGGUCACAAAGGUCACACUUGUCAGGAGUCAGGAGUCAGGAGAAUAUACCUCCCAUCCCAUCCCCAUCCCCAUCCCCAUCCAGACUGCACGAACCAGGAAGCAACCAGGCGAUAACGCCACGAACCGCGAUAAAGCAACCCCCCCCCCGUCGCCGGAGCAUCAUCCGAAGAGCCAGGACGUGCACCUUCCCGCCGGAUGCGAGUAG